AUGCUUCCUCCAAUUGUUGAUAACAUCAGUCAAAGCAUAGGCUCAACACCUAUGAUAAGACUUACUCCUCAGAAUAAAGUCAAUAUUUUAGCAAAACUUGAGUUUACUAACCCCACUGGAAGUGUCAAAGAUAGACUUGCAAAAUACUUGCUUGAUGAGCAUGAAAAGAAUAACUCAGUUGACAAAGAGAUAAAAACACUGAUUAUUCCAACCAGUGGAAACUUGGGUAUCUCAAUUGCAACUUUGGCAGCCAGACGCGGUUAUCGAAUUAUUAGCAUCCUGCCUGAACGUACCUCAAAUGAUCGUAUUGCUUUAUUAAAGGCUCUGGGUGUAGAAAUAUUGCGAUCACCUAAUGAAGUCAAACCUGAUGCAGCAGAGAGUGCUUAUUCGGUAGCUGCAAGACUCGCUGAACAGCUAUCAGAUGCUGUCGUUAUGGAUGAAACCAAACUACGUGAUUACAAGCCUUAUCAUGACCUGGCAGAGGAAAUACUUCAACAAACAAAGAUGGCAAUUGACUUUUUGUUUGUUGGCGCUGAAUCAGGUGCCAUGUUGACAGGUGUAGCAAGAUACUUAAAAGACAAAAUUCCUGAACUCAAGGUUAUUGGAGUUGAGCCUACUGAUUCUGUCUUGAGUGGUGAACAGGACAAGCUGGCUAACCGAUAUGAUUGGAAAAUUGAGGAUUUGGGAAAUAAUUUUGUAACCAAGAGCUUAGACAAAAGCAUCGUAGAUGAGUGGAUAAAAAUAUCAGAUAAAGAAGCAUUCUCAGCCGCUCGUCGUUUGAUCCGUGACGAAGGCAUUCUCUGCGGACCCUCUUCUGGAGCAGUGGUUACCGCAGCAGCCCGUCAUGCUCAAACUGUUGUAUCUGACCAUAGCACUCAUACUUUCCAAUCAGUUGUCAUCCUGAAUGAUAGCGCUAAAAACUAUACCUCCACCUUAUUAUCCGAUGAUUGGUUAUUUGAAAAUGAUCUGGCUGAUGAUCUGAUGACACAUGAGUUAGAGUAUCUCUCUCAGAGCAGAUAUAGAGCUGCCAGUGUUGAGGAUCUCCAACUUCCUGCAGCAGUAACAAUCCCACCAACUUGCACCGUUGGUCAUGCUAUCGAUCUUAUGUUAGAAAGGGAGUACUCCCAAUUACCUGUCAUCAACCCAUUGAACAGAAAAUUAGUAGGAUAUGUCUCUCUAAGUUCACUACAGGAACAUCUUGUUCACAACACAGCCGACUUGAGCAGUACGGUUGAAUCAUGCAUGUUUUCUUUCAAGAAAGAAGGCAAUAAGAAGUAUCAAGUUAUCACGCCCGAUACAAGCCUGGCAGACCUUGCUAAAUUCUUUGAAAAAAAUUCCUUUGCUGUCAUUACUGAUGCUAACCGUAAAUGGUGUCUUGGGGUAGCUACCAAGUAUGAUUUGAUCAGUUUUUUACAUAGAAGACAGUUUUUAUAA